AUGAGCGGGGCGGCCGGCCGCUGCGUGGGGCCCAGCCGGCCGGGGCGGGGGCGCGGGCAGCCGUGGGGGAGGCGGUGCCCCGCGGGGACGCCGCGAGGCCGGGGAGCGGGCCGUCGUGCCCGGGGCGCCGCGUGGGAGGCGCGCUGCGUGAGCGCGGACAGGCCGCCCGGCUUCGGGCAGCGGCCGGGGACGGGGGCCGCGGCGGGGGCCGGGGGGCCGGUGGCGGCGGGGAGCCCUGGCGCCGCAGCCCCCGUAGCGGGGGCCCCGGGGGUCGUGUGGGUGGACGGCGCGGUUGGGGAGCCCCAGGUGGUGGGGCCGGUGGGGUCGGUGUGGGUGACCGGGGCCGGGGGGGAGGCGGAGAGGGAGGGGGCGGCGGGCCCGAGCCCCCGGGGCUGCGAGAGGAAGGGGCGGCCGGGCUCCGCGGGCCCCGAGAGCAUCCUGGAACUGUGGCUAAAGGUGCAGGCCGUGCGGGCGGCCUCGGGGUGCGGGGCGGGCAGCAGGGUGCAGCUCCACCCGGUGCCGGUGGAGGGCCCGCUCGAAAGGGGCAUCCCGGGCCGGGCUUCCUGGGUGGAGACAAGCCGCGCUGGCCUCACGGGGCCCUGGGUGAAGGGGCAGGCUGCGGUGGCCCCCCGGGCACCAGGACUGUCCGCCGCUCCUGGGCCAGGGGCUGGCUGGUGCGGGCAGCAACAGGCUGUGGGGCUGCUCCCUGGGGGUGUGCCCACCACCCUGGCCACCAGUUGUGGGCUUGUCCCCCACAUGCUGGGGAGGGGGCAGGCUGUGGGGGUGCCCCGGGCCACUGGGUGGCCUGAGGCCAUGCAGAGAGAGGUGGGCUGUCCAUGGGACAGGGGGCAGUCGGCGCUGGUGCCCAGGGCGUUAGCUGGAGAGGCAGUCUGCGGGGACACCCCAGGCCUGUGGGGAAGUGGACAGGCUGCAAGGGUGCCCCAUGCCGUGGGGGCACCCAGAGGCUUGGAAGGGGAAGCCACCCCUGCGGGUGCCCUGGACAUGUGGCGGAGGAUGCAGGCUGCGGAAGAGAUGGGCUCCGGGGUUGUUCCUGGCAUAUGGGGCACUGGACAACCGGUUGGGGUGCCUUGUGCUACGGUGGAGGAAACCAGAUGUGGGGGUGACCCAGGAUUCAGGGACAGAGAACAGACUGUGUGGGUAGAGACAGGCUCCGGAGGUGAUCCAGGGCCCUGGGCAGCCAUCCACGCUGCAGAGAUGUGUGGUCGUGCCACACAGGAGGUGGGCUCUGGGGGUGCUCCGGGCCCAUGGGGGGUAGGGCCGGGAAUGGGGAAGGACACCGGCUGUGGGAGCGUGCCAGGUCUGUGGGGGGCUGAGCAGCCGGUGGGGGUGUCCCAGGCUGUACUGCUGCCAGGAGCUCUGGGGGAACAGGCAGGCUAUGGGGGCACCGCAGGCCCGUGGGAGAGGCAGCAGGCCCUGGGGGUGCCUCCGGCUGACGCGGUGCCCGGGGUCCCCCAGGGGGACACAGGCAACGGGAACGUUGUGGGCCUAUGGGAAAGGAGGCAGGCUGUGGGGGAACAGGACGCCCUGGCCACGGCUUUGGAGGUACCCGGGGCUGAGGAUCAGGAGGCUGGCUGUGGCAACAUGUCCUGUCUGUGCAGGAGAAGACAGUUUGUGGGCUCGUCUGGCCCCCAGGGGAUGCCCGAGGCCACAGUUUUGCCCAAGCACAGGUGUGCCCUGGCUAGGGUACCUGCAGCGGUAGGUGUGCCUGGGCCUGGCAGGGGGCCUGCCGCCGUGUGGGUGUCUGGCCCUGCGUGUCGGGAAGGCAGCUCCAGUGAGGUCUGGAACCUGUGGUCAAGGGUUCAUGACGCUGCGGGACCCGUGGCCCCUGGGGGACUGUGGUCUGUGGGUGAGGAUGCUGGUUCUGCAGCUUUCCCCAGGCCAUGGGGAAGGAGGCAGGCUCUUGGGGUCCCUGCAGCACCAGGGCUGGUUGGGGAGGAGACAGGCCCCGGAGAUGUCCUGAGAUCCUGGGCAAGGAGGCCGAGCACCAGGGCUCCUGCGGCUGCUGAGCCACCUGCAGCUGCUGGGGAACCUGAUUCUCUAGGGGUGGAGGCCGGCUCCGGGGCGUUCUCAGGCCUGCCUGGGCGGAGGCUGACUGCGGGGGUGUCCGCAGCAGGCGGGGUGCCCAUGGCCCCCAGGACACUGAGGCCUGCCUGGGAGGAGUGCACUUCCGCAGGUGUCGCAGGCCUGUGGGGGCAGAGGGAGGCAGUGCCAGGACACACAGACACCUGGGCUCCCACAGGGCAGGGGGUGCCCAGCACCAUCAGGAUGCCAGGGCCCAGGGGGGACAGGCUGGGCCCAGGGGUGCCCUCAGGCUUAUUAGGGAGACAGGCUGCUGAGGUGCCUGUGAUGCUGGCUGAUGCUGACUCUAGGGAUGCCUCAGGGGCGUGGGGACAGAGAGGGGUGACGGAGGUACCUGCUACUGUGGGGGCUGCAGGACCCGUGGACGGAACGGUCGGUGCCGAAGGCCUGUGGAGGAGAGCCAGCGGGUCAGCCACUGAGGCUGCGCGGGUGCCCGUGUCUCUGGGGGUGCUCGCGGCUGUAGGGGUUCCUACAAUGGGGCGUGUGCCUGCUGCCGUGUGGGUGACAGGGUGUGUGGAGGAAGAAGGGGCCUCGGGGGAAGAGGCUGGGGCCCCGAGUCUGGAGCUGCCUGGGGAGAGCCAGGCAGCGGGGGUGUCUCCCUCCCGCAGCUACAGAACUGGGUCGUGGAACAGCAGGAGGCCUGACCGGGGAGAGCCCGAGCUGGAGAGUGGGGGUACCGGGUCAGGGCCUGGGACCAUACUGGGGGCAGCCCCGGGUUUGAGGCUGGAGGGAGGCCGUGGCCGAUUGAGGGGUCACCCGCAGCAGGGUGGUGGUGGGGCCCCUGGAAGAGAGCUGUGUGUGGGAGGACAGGUUGAGGGGGGCCUCCCAGUAGUGUAG